AUGCAAUCAACGGUCUCUAUCUCCGAUCUAAACGCCAACCCAUCUUCCCAGCGGAUCUUUAUCGUUGGCGGUGGCAUAGUUGGCGCCGCUUUAGCAUUCUACCUCUCCAAAGCAAACAACGAUCACCACAUCGUUCUCCUUGACCGAUCUCUCCAGAAAUUACAAGGGUCUACGGGCCAUGCACCAGGCUUCGUGGGCCAACUCAACGAGUCGCCGGUCCUAACACGACUCGCCCAAGAUACGGUGGCUGAGUACGUCUCCAUUCCCGGUGGAUUCAACACCGUCGGAGGGUUGGAGCUCGCAUCCACACCCGCCGGAGUGCAGACACUACAAUCUCGAUGUGAGAAAGCACUCGCUGCGGGGCUCUCUGCUGGGAUGAUCACGCCCAAGGAGGCUGCUGCUUUGGCGCCGGAUUUUAUCGACCCCGAGACCGUGACGACGGCCUUGCAUUUCCCGUCGGAUGGGACGGCGAAUGCGCAAGUAAUUACGUCCUAUUUCACACAGGAAGCUCGUGCCCAAGGUGUGGAUUUCCUGGAAACCGCCGUGACUGGGUUUGCGAAGAAGGACGGCAACGAGGAAAGGGCUGGAGAGAUUGCUGCCAUACGUACUGCGAAUGGGGAUAUCAGCCUGGCAGGCAGCACCGUCAUUCUAGCCACAGGAAUUUGGACAUCCUCUAUAACUGGAAGUCCUGGUCAAGACAAGGAAGCUUCAAUUACCAAGUUCCCAGUCCCUAUCAUCCCGGUUGCACACCCAUACACUUUCACAGGCCCCCGACCAGCCCGCGGCGGAAAGCCCUAUCCAUUCGUCCGUUGGCCAGAGCACCACGUCUACGCUCGAGACCACGGUGAUCGCGAUGGCCUGGGUAGUUACGACCAUGCCCCCCUUGAACUAAGCCCCGGUCACACGGCCAUCGGGGCAUGGCCUUCCAGCUUCGAUCAAGUCUUGUCAGAAGCGACCUCGCACUUGAAGAAUGGGAGAGCAUUCCUAGCUCAAGGGCAAGAGGAUGAUUCAGACCCCUUUGAGGUAAAGGCGCCGUUUAAUGGGAUUUUCUCGGUGACGCCGGAUAACCUGCCGCUGGCUGGAAGGGUGUCUGAUGUUACCAAUUUGUGGCUUUGCGCUGCGAUUUGGGUUACUACGGCUGCUGGUACGGCUAAGUUGAUCGCGAGAGAGGUUCUUGGUGGAAGUCAGGGUGGUAUUUCUGCGGGCGACGAGGAGGUUCUUAAGGCUUUGGAUCCGGAGCGUUUCCAGGGGGUUGAGGCUGAGGUACUCACUACCCAGGCUUUGGAACGAUAUAACAAUAUCUACAACAAGGAGACAACUAGUUGA